CGUACGAAUUCGGCGUGUGGCCCCCACAAAACGUUCAUUAUUUACGAUGGUAACAGGAGGACCGUUCCCAUGACGAUAGCACACGAAAUAGGACACACGCUUGGAUCGAAUCAUGAUGGUGAAGGCACAUCGAAAGAUUGCCCGGGAUAUCGUUACGUAAUGACCGCCGCAACCACUAGACAAACAGUGCCACUAUACUCGCGCUGCACCAUUGCUACUGUCAACAAAUUCUUGCGCACCCCAAACGCCAAAUGCUUGUUCACCGACACACAUGUGCCAGCCACGCCAGUCGACCAACACCUUGCUAAACGAAGGGCUGACAAGUGCGCCGGCUACUUGCCCAGGGGAGAUAGACUUGUGGCCACUGAGACGUAUGAAAUCUGCAAGUUUACUUGCUACACCGAAGCGUAUUCGUUUGUCCUUCAGGACGACGACAACACACCUUGUGACCCACUUGAUCCUGCUAAGAAAUGCGUGCGGGGACAUUGCUGGGCAUAA